AUGACUACAACUACUUUGCGUGCGGUCACCCAUCGCUUGACCACCACCCCCGUCGAGCAAUUGCCUUCGAUAACUGCAUUCCUUGCGACCUCGCUGACCGAUUGCGCCGAGCUUCUCUCUGCGCCCCAAGCUCAAAAGUCAAAGACCGAGUCGGAUAAUAGCGUCCAGAUUCACAAGCUGAAGACACGGUUGGCUACUUUGCUGCAGGACCGUAGCAUUGAGGGACGAUGGACCGCAGUGGUACUUGUCAAAGCCACCGUCGAGGCCGGACAAUGGGAAAUCUUGCGCGGCUAUGAGCCAAUUGUUCGUGGCUUGAUUAGCAUUCUGGCGAAACCGGAUCCUAUCUCCACAAGAAAGAUGGCCUUGAUCACCCUGACACGCAUCUUCCACCUGACCUACCAGUACCCGACUCUUGUCCGAGAAAUUACCACGCCUCAUCUGCCUGCGUUUAUUACCGCUGCCCUGAACUUGGUCUCGGUCAUCACCAAGCUUCCUUCGGGAUCUACUCGCAAGGCCAAGCCCAACACACCGUUCAUGGUGACCGUCCUUCAAGUCUGCUUGGAGUUGGUUCCUCGGCACCCUACUAUCUUCCGUCCUUUCGGAUCUCAGCUUCGAUCAUUGCUGACUGAGGUCCUGGGCUCCUCGUCCCUGUAUUUCCCCGACGGGGUGAUGGAUGUUGCAGAGCAACUCUUUGCCUCGCUGCAUAAAUGCGCGCCCAAGGACAAGGCUGGAUCCGGUUGGACAGAAGACUCCAGAGCGACGGUUUUGUCGAUCCACCGAGCAGCCGAUCAUGUCUUCCGCGCCGUAGUCGAACAAUGGGAGUCUGUUGACGGGGGCUUGGUCUCGGCUCGCCAGAACUACAGCUCAGACCUAGCUGAUGAAGGCACCGAUGCACUGGGACUCCCAGCCUGGGAGGGCAUGCAUGCUGGUUCGGACAGAUUAAUCACUCUGUUGCGACUUUUGUCAAACUUUGUCUCCAUGCCAUCCGCCGCUACUGUGGCCCUUCCCCUAGGCUCCAUUCUCGAUGUUACAUCGCGCCUGACAUCCGUGACCGUCCCUUCAGAUGAAGGAACCCGAUCGGGUGUGCAAAUCAAUCCUCAAAUUGGUCGCGACGAGCGGGAAUCUCUGUGGGCUGAGUUGCCUCGCAUUCACAUUGCCUGCAUGAACUUGCUUGCACAUGUAACCAGUGUGUUGGAGACCAGCACCACACCCAUCUCACAGAACAUCUUGGAACAAGUGACCUGGGUAUUCCGGAAUGAAAAUGCCAGCCGGAAUGUGCGCUUGGCUUCAUAUGACCUAUUGAGCACCGUGAUAUCGCUCAAUGGUCCCGCUAUGUCGAAGCAGAGCGCAUCCUCCAUCACCAACGUUUUGCGUGCCUGCUGCAACGAUCUUCUGCCUUCGUCCGAUGAUUCUGGCUCUCAAGUCAAGCCACAAGCCGAUGCCAAGUCUAAGGGUAAGAAUGGCCACGGCACUGCCAAUGCGGACUCCUUCUUGAACCCCGACAUUCAAAAGAACCGGAAAGUGCAAACAUCUCAAUUCGCUGAACUAGAACGGGCCGCGUCGGGUCUCUUGCAAAGCGUUUUGACAUCCAUUCCUCCGCAACUCAUCAUUGGAUCCCUCCGCGCCGAAAUUGACCGAACGAUCAUUCUUGUCUCCGACAAGGAUGCCAUGCUUGCAAGUGUUCUGAACCCUGUGCCAGCUAUCAAGGGCCGCGCUGCCGGUGCCAGUAUCAUGCCCUUCCUGGUUCGCGAAUACGCCAAUAACAUGGAAGUGGAGGCUCUGGUUCGCCCCAGAAUGCCUGUUUUGAUGACUGCCCCGGAGCUCGACUCUUAUACCGAGGCGGAAGAUGAGCAAGAGGCAGAUGAGAUGGUUGAUGAAGUAUACGAUGCUGCUCCCGAAACCGCCGAGUUCUUGAAGGUUUCGGCUCCUGCGCCUGUUGAAGCAAAGGCCGCAACUCAGAUGCCGAUGCACAAACGGACAUAUGUUGAGGAGUCUAACAUCCAGACACCUAGCUUAUCUGCUCCCUCUAAUGAGGAAGUGCAAUCUAAGAAGGCUCGCUUGGAAGAGACGCAACAAUACCCCGUCGUCACUCGGACUUCGACCUCUGCUUCGCAAUUAGCGGAAGCUGAUGCACCUGUGCAGAUGCAGCCCCAGGUUGUAUCCCAGGCUCCGAUUGCUCCGCCCGUGGCUGCCCCGUUGCCCGAAGAGGACGAAAGCGACGAUGAUGGAAUGCCCACUUUGAACAUGGAUUCUGAUACCGAUGACGAGGAUGAUGAGGAUGUCAAUAUGGAGGGGUGA